UGUUUAUGAACAACUGAAAAAAGCACAAAUGUCAGGGCAUGUCAAAACUUCUCCAGGCCCCAAAUCAGCCUCAGACUCCAGAGGGUUAAGUGGUCUAAAUGUAUUAUAUGCAUAUUGUCUGUGUAGGACCAUAAAAUGUUCAUCCAUACUGUCCUACCUGUCUGUCAACGUGUGUAUUUCCAUACCUUCACACACCCUGCUCAUGCAGACAUCACACAUCAUCAGCAUGUUCCAUAAGGCUAUGCAGAGUUGUAGACAGACAGUCACAGAGAGCAAACAGCAAACAACAGCCGCCUUUUACAAUUCCUCUUGAACCAAAACAACAAGCUUAUGAUGUGUUCAUGCCAUAACUACUGUAAAGAAGAGAUGGAAACCCUUGACGUUGUACUCGUUGGAGCAGUUCGUGACUUGAAUUUAUGUAUUUCAAUGGCAACACUAUCAAUGCCGAAUGAGUCAGGUGGUACAGAUCAGUGCUCUUUAAGUUGUUUAUAUUCAUUAUUAUUGUAAUAUUAUGUGCUUUGAGACAUGAGGUAGUUUAACGCCAUCUCUCGUGACACUUUGUUUGCUCCCUAAUGUACGAGUUCAUGUGUUUUGAAGGAGGCGUGGUUUUGAAGAGCACUAUGAAGGAUGGGAUCUUAUGCUUUCAAAGCUAGCUUGCUAUUGCUAGACCAGUGGUUCUCAAACUUUUUUCCCAGUGGGCCGCACAAUGGUCCAACUGCAUGUGUCACGGGCUGCAUAUAAUUUGCAUUUGGUGACGUCACCAAUUAGGCCGUAAGGUGAAGCCGUUUUUCGUUUCAUCUCGUUCCCAUAUAUGGGGCACUAAAUUAUUUUCAUUCCAAUAAAAAGAUCUAUUGGUUUUGAGCGAUAAAAUAAAAGUUCUCCAUGUAUAAUCCUGCAGUUUAUGUUUUAUUAGUGUUUAAAGUCGGCAAUAGUUCCUUCCUCGCGUAAUUGUAUUUUCAUCAUGAGUGAUUAGGCUUCGCGUCACGUGCGGGAAGCACGACCAAUACAGUGGCCACUUUUUGGAACGGCGUUUAAACAUGAUUCCAAGAUGUCUGCGCCCUUGUUGUCAAUAUCGAGUAGCGAAGAAGAGGAAAUUACGCCGAGACCGUCUUCUAAACUCCGUAAAAAGGAUUAUAAACAAUGCUAUAUGCAUCUCGCGCCCAUAAAGAAAGAAGAAACAAAGGAUUUUACACGCACACGAUGGGAUACAUACAGAAAUAGCGUCAAACGGUGGCUUGGUUUGCACGGUGAGAAUCAGAGAAUAGCAGAAACAUACAAACAUUGUCUAGAAGUGGAGUUUGAAAAUGUUCCCGAAGACGCUGGGUUUCACUCCACUUGCUACAGGCGUUUCAUUGACAAAAAGCGCCUGGAUGCGGCAGAGAAACGUGUCAUACGGCAUCCUGAAGUUCAAGAUGCUCACAAAGACCAGUCUGUGUCAUCGAGUAGUAGUACCUCAACAACUGAAUGUCCUAAAAAGAAACUUAGGUCCAGGACGGGCCUGCCAGUAGCUUGUGCAGGUCCUGUGCUUCCUGCCUUGUGCAUAAUUUGUAAGAAAACAGACAAGUACAUUACUGUGGCAGGCAAACGCCAGAAGGACCAUCUUUCACAGGCAGAAACGUUGUCUGCAGGCCAGUUGCUGAAAGCUGCUGAGAUGAAGGAAGACACUAGCAUUCUUGUGCAUAUUCAAGACAAAGACUGUGUGUCUCUGGAGGUGCGAUACCACAAGACCUGUUACAGACAGUACACCAGGUUCUUGACAAAGUCUACUGCAACAGUUACUGGGACCUCAGAAGAACAAAAUGAGCCAACCUUCGAUGCUAGCUACAGGAUCUUCUGUGAGAGGAUCAUUCGCCAUAGAAUAAUUGUAAACCAAGAGGUGCUGACACUGAUGCAGCUAAGAAGGAUCUUUUUAAAUCUUGUGAAAAAACAUGAAGAUCUUGAUGCUUCAAACUACAGGCAGGAUAAAUUGAAGAGGAGGUUGAUCCGUGAUUUCCCCCAGCUGGUAUUUCACUCGCCCAACAAGCGCAACAUCAGUGAGCUGGUAUUUGUUGAGACACUGUCUGCAGAUAAGCUGAUCGACAGGCUCCCUCAUCCAUCAGGUACAGAAACAACAGAGUCAACUGAGGCAACUAGCCAAAGUGACUGUGAAAACACGCCAAGUACAACAGCUGAUCCGCAAAGACAAACUUCAGUGGCCUCUGUCAAUACUACAGAGAGCACAAGGACACUUUAUAGUGCAGCAUUGAUAUUAAAGAAUCUUCUAUGUGACGCUCCUGGUAUGACAUGUCCAUGGCCACCCACGUCAGAUGAUUUAAAUGUGAGUGAAGCAAAAUCUGUUGUGCCACUUGAACUGUACAAUUUGAUUUCCUGGAUUAUUGGUGCAACUGAGGAACCAACACUGGCCCAUUAUGUUGAUAUUACAGAUGAUUUGAACCUAAAAGUGAUAUCUAUUUGUCAAGACAUUGUGUAUCUCGCAUCUAAGGGCCGGAGGCAGACACCCAAAUCAUUGUGUCUUGGUCUAACCAUUCGCCAUUUAACAGGUUCAUCACAAAUUGUGUCACUUCUAAAUAGACUAGGACAUUGUGCAUCAUGGGACACAGUUGUCAGUCUAGACAGUAGCCUUGCCCAACUUCAACUAGUAGAGGGCAGAGACAGAAUACCAAAGGGGUUCUCAAAGAAGGUUCCUACAAUACUUGUGUGGGACAAUAUUGACUUUGGGGAGGAGACAUUAUCAGGUCGUGGAACUACUCACCACACAAAUGGGAUUAUGCUGCAAAGUUCUGUAGUUCAACAUGUGUCAACAACAAACAGACAACCACUACAGAAGGGAGUUACCUCAUUCAAAGCACCCCCUUGCAUCCCUAUCGAACAGUACCAUCAGUCUAAAAGACAAGGACCACAGAACUUGUUUCAUCAUGAAAGUGUUCCAUUACAGGUAGACACAUACAAAUUAAACACCAUGUCUGCUGCACAAACUGAACUGGCAUAUGUUUUUUUAAAGUUCAUAGAUGCUGAAAGAUGUACAAUCCCAAACUGGACAGGUUUCCAUACAUUGCUUCAAGGUGAUGGCACUCUGCAAAAGUCAGCACUGUAUUAUCUUCCAGUCAUUGAGGCUUCACCAACAGAGAUGUCAACAGUAAACACAAUCCUGAAGCGAAGUGUCCAAAUUGCUGAUCAGCUAGAAUUGGACCAUAUAGUGUUAGUUUUUGACCAAGCUAUAUAUGCCAAAGCUCAGCAAAUCCGCUGGAAAGACAACGACUUUACUAAGCGUAUAGUGAUUAGACUAGGUGAAUUUCACACAUGCAUGUCCUACCUGAGCAUUCUAGGAAAAAGGUUUGGAGAUGCAGGACUGCAAGACAUACUCAUUGAGUCUGAAGUUGUUGCCCCAGGAUCCAUCAGUGGAGUGAUCAGUGGUCAUCACUACAACCGCAGCAUGAGGGCACACAAACUUCUGUAUGAGAGUCUGCAACGCAUCAGAUUUCUCACCUUCUUAGACUCUUUGCCACCAGAGGAGAGAAAUGAGUGUAUGGAUGUCAUGAAUGAGAUCAAAUGUGCAUUCCUGGACAAAACCAUGGAUGUUUUGUGUGCAAAUGAAAAAUUUGACGAAAUUUGUUCAAAAUAUGUAGACUUUGUAAAAAGAAUAAGUGCAGAAAACCCAACGUUUGCCUUCUGGAGUUCAUACAUCGACAUGGUACAGAUACUCCUUCUGUUUGUGAGAGCAACACGAGAAUCGGACUGGCAGCUUCACCUGUCAACAGUGCGCUUGAUGAUGCCAUGGUUUUUUGCUUAUGAUCGUGUAAAUUAUGCUAGGUAUAUACCUUCAUAUUGGCUGGAAAUGGUCAAUUUGCCCCUCACCCAUCCUUCUUGCCACAGUGAGCUCAGUGUUAAAGGCCAGUGGACUGUCCAACGUCAAAGUGUCCAUGGAUUUUCCUCGAUUGCUUGUGACCAGGCCAUUGAGCAAACAUGCAACAGGGAUUCCAAGACAAAGGGUGGUUGGACAGGGAUAACACAGAAUCGAGCUGCAGUAUAUCGGUGGAUAUUGUCUCAACAUGAAAGGGCUGCCAUAGCAAGACAAUGUGAGGCAAUGGCUGGUAAAACUCCCGAUAUAAGGAAACGUAAAGACCUUGACAGCACACGAAUUCAUGCUGAUGAAAAGGCUGUGACCAGAAUAAUUUCCACCCUAGGUUGUAUGCUGAAUCCUUUUGACACACACCAAGAUGGCAUUGUGUGUCUUAGCUCUGGGACAGUCGCAGCUGAAGAAAUCAUGAGGGAUUUGCUCACAGCUCCGGAAAAGGGGGAAAAUGCUGUCAGAGAGUUUAUGGACCAAAGACUGUUAUCACCAUCAGUUGAUAUAUUUGCUCCCAUCAAAACACAAAAACUAAAGACCUUCAGUGACCAAGCAAAGACAAAGAAGAAAUCGGCAGCAGGCAAGGAAGUGAUUCUGCGUGCCGACAAGAAGCUAUUCUCCAGACUACUCAUCAUAGGUCAAAGUAGAAAGAUAGAGCUGCGGGAAAUUCUGUCCUACUCCUUGGGAACUGUGUCAUAUCCUUUAGCCAGUGCUGAUGGUUCACUUGCUAAAACAAACAAAUCAGCUUUAAUGGAUUUAUUGGAAACCAAAGGUGAAGAAUGUUUAGUUGACAAAGUUCCGGCAGAUGGAGCUAUUCUCUUCGAUGGAAUGGCGGUCAUUCAAGCCAUUCGGUCCAUACCAAGUACCUUUGGAGAGCUCGCCGAGACCAUACUGCAGUACAUAGUCAAGCUUGCUCUGAAGUACAACUGUACACGGAUAGACUUUGUGAUUGACCAGUAUCCGGAAAUGAGUAUUAAAAAUCUAGAACGUUCACGUAGAGCUGGUGGUGGUACACAACUGGUGAAAAUUUAUGGACGGGAUCAGAAGACACCAACACAAUGGAAAAAGUUUCUAUCAGAUGGAACAAACAAAGAGGCACUGGCAGAAUUCCUCUAUGUUGUGUGGCGAGAUGCUGAUCUUACCACUGUGGGCAAGGACUUAAGCUUGUACAUAGCACAUGGAGACCUGUGUCACUGCGUGAACGUAAUGCAGGAAAUAAAGACUCUCAGUGCUGUUGAAGAACUGACAUGCGAUCAUGAGGAAUGUGACACCAGGUUGUUUUUACAUGCACAACAUGCUGCAAAUGAACAUCAAACUGUAGUCAUCAAGAGCCCUGAUACUGAUGUGGCAGUGAUUGCUUUAAGUCUGCAGCCAGAUUUACCAUGUAAGUUGUAUUUUUUCACAGGGGUUGGCAACAAAACAAGGAUCAUUGAUUUAGCUAAGUUGUCAUCAGCUCUUGGCACCAGUGUGUGUUUGUCACUUAUUGGGAUCCAUACCUUCUCAGGUUGUGACUCUACAAGUGCCUUUUAUGGCAAAGGCAAAAGAAAGGCAUUUUCUGUUGCUUGUGAGAAAGAGGAAUACCUGAAUGCAUUUACAAAUCUGGGUAAAAGUUUUAACCUGGACCAGUCUACCUUUGACAUACUUUGCAAAUAUGUGUGCCACCUCUAUGGCCAGUCAUCUGCCGAAAAUGUGAACGAUGCAAGAUACAAAGCAUUCUGCAUGGCAUCAUCAGCUUUGCCAGAACUAUCCAUGCCUCCGACAUGUGAUGCACUACACCAGCACUGCAAAAGGGCAAACUACCAAGCAGCCAUAAUGAGACAUUCUCUGAAAGCUAUGAUGUCUGCCCCUUCACCCGUCGGCAAUGGAUGGCACCUUGAGAAUGGGGAGUUAACAGUAACCUGGAUGACUAGAAAUCCUGCACCUGAAAGUGUUUUGCAGGUAGUCCACUGCAGUUGCAAGCAAGGCAAAUGUGAGACUGGAAGAUGUUCCUGUAUGUCUGCAAGACUGUCUUGUACUGAUUUUUGUCGGUGCCAGAAUUGUGUAAAUGUUUCAAAGGAAACAGAGGAAAGAGCUACAUGGGAUGGCUCUGAUAGUGAUAGGGAUGAUACUGAUGAGUAAAGAUGUGCUGUGCAUUAUCUUAAGCUGAUUUUCAGUUGUAAUGAAUCUAUUGUGGAAUUGUUCAUUUUUGGCAUUAUUCAUAAUUAAGGGGGGUGUGGUCACAUUUUGAGUCAUUUCAGCCAACUUGGGCCAAAGUGUGCUGCUUCUUUAUGUUUCUGUGAUUACACAGUGCCUACUGAAAAUUUUGAUGUAUAAUACAUCACAGUUUUGCUAAAAUUACAAUGUGUAUGUUUAAUUUUACUUGGUGCCAAUCCAUGAAGUUGAAGCAUAUUUUCUACAAAUUUGCCAAAUUUUAUGGUCUACAUUCACACUUGAGUAUUUAAUGCACCAAAACCUUUCUCAAAUGUUUUGGUACAUGUGUAAAGGUCAGUUUGAGAGAGAUUUUGUGUUGCUAAAAUGAAAAUAAAUAAAGUUAUAAGCAAAACCA